ACUUCAUGUAAUUGAGGCAAGUCAUCAACCAUCAGGUUUCUUCGCAAGGAUUCUUUGGAUUCUUCAUAUUCGGGUGAAUUUUUCCAAAAGAUUGUUAGUUACAAUGGCUGAAAAUGUGUUCUUGUUUGUUCCCAAUUUGAUUGGAUAUGCUCGUAUAAUCUUUGCAUUUGUUUCCUUCCACUACAUGGCUGACAGACCCAUCCUAUUUUUUGUUCUCUACUUGAUAAGUUCCCUGUUGGAUGCUUUUGAUGGUCAUUUUGCAAGACUUUUAGGACAGGCUUCAAAGUUUGGAGCCAUGUUAGAUAUGCUGACUGACAGAUGUGCGAGUGCUUGUCUAAUUUUGAUGCUCAGUAACUUUUACCCAACUUAUCGUGUUGUGUUUCAAUUUCUUAUCUCACUGGACAUCAGCAGUCAUUGGUUGCACAUGUAUAGUUCACUUAUCAAAGGAGAUCAAACUCAUAAAACAUCUUCAAAUUUCUUUCUCAAACUGUAUUAUACAUCAAGGCCUGUCUUGUUCAUCAUGUGUGCUGGGAAUGAACUUUUCCUUUUGUUCUUAUACCUUUUACACUUUUCUAAUGGACCAAACGUUUUCGAAAUAAACGCAACACCAAUUGGUUUGUGGUCAUUGUUGGCGUACAUUAACUUUCCUAUAUUUUUUGUCAAACAAUUGAUAAGUUUGUUGCACUUAGUUACUGCUGCACAAGACAUCGUCGCUUACGAUGUGGCAGAACGAAGGAAGUCGAGCAGUUGACUAGAAGAGGAAGAAUUGUAAUUUUGAUAUUUGAAAGCUUUUGACUCGCGAUCAGAACGAGAACGACGACUUUCAAAUGAGGAAAAAUCUUUUCAUUUGCAUUACUAGAAGUUUCAUGAUUUUUUCUUUAAAACUACUCAAGCAUAAAGACAUGGUUACCAUUCGUGACGAAACCUCGCCCACUUUAUCGUUCUCGUCCUGUCGCUGUAUAAACUAGUAGAAAAGAAAACAUCAUUAGUCAAUUUGUGAAAGAUUUAGGUUUUGAUUGAUGGAAUCACUUAAAUAAGAGCAUGGCUAUUCUUAGCAUAAAUCAAGCUCAUUGUGUGAAGGUACAAACGAUUGUUAAGAAGUGGUACUUCAUUUUAGUACAUUUAUUAUAGCUAUAGUUUAUUAUAGUUGUUGCACCACAUGAGCAUUGGAUUGCACGUUCAGUAAAUUACAUUAUGUAAUUUGUGA